AUGCGGAAUGAAUACGACAACGUGAACGAGUCGGACAAGAAACACGCCGAGUCGGAUGGCGAGCCUGAGGCAGUCGCCUAUAGCUCGGUCGGGGCCAAGUCGUCCGGCCGGCAUCACGGUCUGAUUGUCGUGUCGGUGGCAGCCUUGGUGGUGCUUGCUGUGGUAUUGGGACUCGGAUUGGGACUUGGUCUGAGGAAACAUCACCACACCAAUGCCACUUCGGCUACUCCCACUUCAUCGAAUGGGACAUCAAACUCGUCAACCUCGGCGUUGUCGGCGAUGAUGCAACAGCCGUCCAGCAACCUCGUUCUGCGCGGUGCUGCCGCGAUGAGGUCGGAACCGGCGCAAACUCGAACUUACCAGUUCGUCGUCGAAGAGCGAAUGGGUUCACCGGACGGCUUCUCGAAGAAGAUGCUCGUCGUCAACGGUAUGUUCCCCGGCCCCACUAUCGAAGCAAACCAAGGCGACCGUAUCGUCGUCAAUGUUACGAAUAAGCUCCCAAACGCCACCGCCAUUCAUUGGUGAGUUUGUGGGCCUGCAAAUAAUUUGUAUUCAAGGAGAGGACUGACUAGGAUGCUGCGCUCCCUUCCUUGAUAUCAGGCAUGGUCUUUUCCAACCCUUGACCCCUUUCUAUGACGGCACCGCAGCCAUCACUCAGGUUAGUCACUGCGCACUCCUGUCAACUAAACAGCGGACCGGUUCUGUUCGUUUCAUGCCGGACCGGACGCUGACCCCCCUGACCAUCUGACACCGUGGCAUCUUUUGCAGUGUGGCAUUCCGCCCGGAGACUUCUUGGUCUACAACUUCACUCUCGGGGACUUUUUCGGCACGACGUGGUGGCAUUCUCACUACUCGACGCAGUACACUGACGGUAUUGCCGGCGCGCUGAUCAUUCACGGCACGAACGAGACAGUACCGGCGUCCGACGGAGAAGUGGUGGUGCAGAUGAACGACCUUUGUGAGACUAGUCCGGACCCGGGGAUUCAAAUGAUAAGCUUUCAAAGACUGACUCGGGAGCGUACCGCCAGACCACACCUUCUCCACCGACCUAUUGAACCUAUACCUUUCGCCUCCUGGCAUCACAGGCCAAGGCGACACGGGUGCGGCACAGGGAGACGAGCCCGUUCCUGACUCUGGAACCAUCAACGGAGUCGGGCAGUGGGGAUCUACCAAUGCCUCGUAUGCGAACUAUACUCUCGCACCAGGAAAGACGUACCGACUCCGUUUGGUCAACUCGGCGUCCUUCUCCGCAGUCAGAUUUUCGGUCGACGACCAUGUUUUAACGGUCAUCGAAGCCGAUGGCACCCCUAUCGUCCCAUACAAUGUUACCGGACUCGACAUCGAAGUCGCACAGAGAUACUCUGUCCUUUUAACGACGAACAGAGCCCCUGGCGCCUACUGGAUGCGAUCACUGGUCUCACAAGACUCCUACACGGUGAGUUGCGAUGAACUGCGAAGAAUCAUCUCAGGCUUGCUUCUCAGCGCUGAUAGCAACUUCCCAUCUGCACCUGACAGUACGUUCAACCCGACGGUCAAUACAAUCAGCUCGCAGUAAUUCGCUAUGGUACGGCGGACGAUGCGCUGCCCAACUCCGCUUUAGUCAACCUCGAUCCCGGAUCCGGUACGAAUUCGACCUCGGACAUGGACGUCACUUCUCUGGUGCCUGCGGUAUAUGUGACCGCUCCCAAUGCUACGAUCAGCUAUCUCGUCAGCGUUUCGAUGCAAGAGACGCCGAGCGGUGUCUGGCGAUCGUUCGUCAACUCGACUUCUUGGUCACCUUUGCAAGGCCAAGCGAGCAUGUUCUCCGGUCUUGGCUUCACGACCACCGGCGCCAAAACCUACAAUGACUCGCAGCUCAUCGUCACCGUUCCAGAGUUGGGAACGGGUUCGAAGCAGCUGCCACAGGUCGUUGACAUCAUCAUCAACAACUACGACGACGGCGAUCACCCCUUUCACCUCCACGGCAACAAGUUUUGGAUCGUCGGAUCCGGCAACGGCCGGUACCAGAAUCAAACCUUGAACAACGCCAACCCGCUUUACCGCGAUACGACUCUUUUGAGCGCGUACACUUGGACGGUCCUUCGUUUCGUGGCAGACAAUCCUGGAAUGUGGAUAUUCCAUUGUCAUCUGUCGUGGCAUAUGGCCGCAGGACUGGCUAUGCAAUGGCUCGUUCAACCCAGCCAGAUCCCGAGCCCUCCCCAAGUCAUGCUCGAUCAAUGCGCAACGAUGAGUGGUCUUGCUUCCGCAGGCAGCGCCUAG